GCAGCUCUGCUCUCUCAGGCACUGACGGGUACCGUGUGCAGUGCUGAUGGGGGCAGCAUCCAUAACAAAGAUGCUCAUGGUUUGGCUGUUGCUGUCAGUGGGCCUGGCCCGGGUGGCUCUGGGGAGCACAGUUCAUCUCAGGAGAGCCAAUGACAGGAACGGUAGAUGCAUCUACUCAUUUGCCGUCCCCAGCCCGAAUGAGGCCAGCUGUCCAGAACUGGGCCAGGCAACAUCAGCCAUCCAGGAGCUCCGGAGGGAGAGCAACGUGCAGCGCUCGGAGCUAGAGUCAGCCAAGGCCAGGCUGAGCCUCCUGGAGAACUUGGUGACCCAGCUGCACGUGGUGCUGGGGGCAGGGGGCUCCUCCGCUUCUGCUGCGGAGCUCCAGAGAGAGCUGGACAGGCUGAGGAUGGAGAGAGCCCAGCAAGAGUCUCAAAUCAGCAGGCUGGAGGCUGCCUACAGCACCCUUGGGCAGGAGAAGUCCUUCCUGGAAGAGGAGAAGAGGCGACUGGAGCAGGAAAAAGCUGAGCUGGGAAGCAGGCUGGAGAGCAACACCCAGGAGAUAGCUCGGCUGAGGGCCAGCCAGCAUCACCAGGUCAGUGAGGCGCCCGCCCAGGACUCCCAGCAAGGCUCCCAAGAAG